UCUGACCGUAUGGCAUCAACACACGUCACUCUCCUCCAUCUUCCUCUCCAGCACUCAGCUCCACAUUCAGGCCUCAAAGAAUCCACUUCCUGGAUCUCUUCAUAUAUAUUUUCUGGAAAGAAAGCUUGAUUCUUUUUCAGCAAUCUUUUCUAGUCUUUAAUAAAUUAUGGCUUUAAAUUUGGAAUCAUUAUCAGAGGCAACUUCUGGGGCGGUUGGAGCGCUAGUAAGUACAACUAUUUUGUAUCCUUUAGACACCUGCAAGUCCAAGUAUCAGGCUGAAGUUCGAGCUCACCAUCAGCAAAAAUAUAGGAACAUUUUGGAUGUUCUUUGGGAAGCAAUUUCAACUCGUCAGAUCCUUUCACUGUAUCAGGGUCUCGGGACCAAGAAUGUACAAUCUUUUAUCUCGCAGUUUCUGUACUUUUAUGGAUAUAGUUUCUUAAAGAGACUGUACUUGGAGAAGAGUGGAUCUAAAUCCAUUGGAAUGAAAGCAAACUUGAUCAUUGCUGCUGCUGCUGGUGCAUGUACAGUUGUAGUGGUUCAUCCACUAGAUACAGCAUCAUCAAAAAUGCAGACAAGUGAUUUUGGGAAAUCUAAAGGUCUGCGGAAUAUCCUUUCAGAGGGAUCCUGGGAUGAGGCAUAUGAUGGUCUAGGCAUAUCUCUCCUUCUUACUGCUAAUCCAUCUAUUCAGUACACUGUAUUUGAUCAAUUAAAACAAAGAAUGCUGAAGGGAAAAAUGAGAAAGAAGAGAGACAGUGAAUCAUCUCCAGAAUCUCUUUCUGCUCUUUCUGCUUUUGUGUUAGGUGCUGUCUCAAAAUGUAUUGCUACCUGUGUAACCUACCCAGCAAUUAGGUGUAAGGUGACAAUUCAGUCUGCUGAAUCGGAGGAUGAUGUGAAGAAUGAAGCUCAAUUAAAAGCUCGUAAAACAAUAUCAGGUGCAUUAUAUACCAUUUGGAAACGGGAAGGUCUAUUUGGUUUUUUCAAAGGGUUACAGGCCCAGAUCCUGAAGACUGUACUAAGCUCAGCAUUGCAUUUGAUGGUGAAGGAGAAGAUCUCAAAGGCUACAUGGGUUGUAUUGCUCGCAAUUAGGAGGUAUCUAUUGAUAACCAGGACCAAGACCAGGUUAAAGAGCUCUUGAGAUCAACACCGUGUAGCAAUUGUGUACUCAGGUCCCUUGAAGAGCAUGGGUCCUUUUACCUAAUACAGCUUAUAAGCAUGUGUAAUGAAAUUUAGAGGAAGAGGAAGAGUGUUGUAGUCAAAGUGAAACUGUCCUGAAACAUGACUUUUCCCCUUGUAUCAUUUCUUGUCACCUUCUUCUUUUGUUGGGUGGGGUGGUCGUUGAUGCCUUUCUUCUUUUGUCAUAACACUAGAGUAAAUGAUUGACUUCCUAUGUUCUUGCAAACUGUU